AAUGUCUUUCUGCUGUGUUUGUCUUUCUAGACCUUCAGGAUUAUGUUGUAAAAGAGGAGGAUUUCUCUGACCAGCAGCUCUAUGAUCAGGGGAGGAACUCCAGUUUGGACCACGAGGAACCAGAACCUCUUCAGAUAAAAGAAGAGCAGCAAAAGCUAGAAAAUCACUGGACAAAAGAGGAAACCACCGAGCUCCCCAUAAGUGAGCAUGAAGAGCAACUUGUUCUGAAACACGAAACUGAAGAUACAGGAGAGAAACCUUCCCCAUGCUUAACAUUGGAAGAAAACUUUAUAAAAAAAGAACAUUUAAUGGAUCACAUCAGAAUUCACACAAGCGAGAAGCCUUUUGAAUGUUUGUCCUGUGGAAAAAGCUUCACCUCUAAAUCUGAUCUUGAUAAACACAACCGAAUUCACACAGGUGAGAAGCCUUUCACCUGUACCAUUUGUAAGAAGAAUUUUUCUGAAAAGGGUAAUUUGACUUCUCACAUGAGAAUUCACACAGGUGAGAAACCUUUCUCCUGUGCCUUUUGUAACAAGAAGUUUACUAAAAGGAGUAAUUUGACUUCUCACAUGAGAAUUCAUACAGGUGAUAAGCCUUUCUCCUGUACCAUUUGUAACAAGAAUUUUACUGAAAAGGGUAAUUUGACUGCUCACAUCAGAAUUCACACAGGUGAGAAACCUUUCUCAUGUAUCAUUUGUAACAAGAAUUUUACUGAAAAGGGUAAAUUGACAUCUCACAUGAGAAUUCACACAGGUGAGAAACCUUACUCCUGUACCAUUUGUGAAAAGAAUUUUUCUGAAAAGUGUAAUUUGACUUAUCACAUGAGAAUUCACUCAUUUGAUAAUCCUUUUUCCUGUACCAUUUGUAAAAAGAAUUUUACUGAAAAGGAUAGUUUGACUUCCCACAUGAGAAUUCACACAUUUGGGAAUCCUUUUUCCUGUACCAUUUGUAAAAAGAAUUUUACUGAAAAGAGUAGUUUGACUCGUCACAUGAGAAUGCACGCCGAUGAGAAGCCUUUUGAAUGUCUCUCUUGUAGAAAAAGCUUCACCUCUAAGUCUGAUCUUGAUAAACACAUCAGAAUUCACACUGGUGAGAAACCUUUUUCCUGCAUGAUUUGUAGCAAAAGUUUUACUCAUAAAGGUAAUUUGACUAGACACAUGAGAAUUCACACAGGUGAGAAGCCUUUUUCCUGUACAACAAAACAAGAAUUUUACUACAAGGAGUCAUUUGACACAUGAGAAGUCACACUGGUGACUUCUCAUGUGUCAAAUGACUCCUUGACACAUGACACUUGGGAAUUCAGACUGGUGAGAAACCUUUUGAAUGUAUGUCCUGUGGAAAAAGCUUCACUCAGGAAUCUCAACUUCAUAGACUUAUGAGAAUUCACACAUGUGAGAAGCUGUUCUCCUGAAUUAAUUGGGACAACGGUUUUAAACGAGAAAGCAAUUUGAGUAUACAAAUGACAUUUAUUCAUGCAUGACCUGUAAUGAUUUAUAUAUUUCUUUAAAAAAAACAUUUGUUUCACAUAAGUUGAGAAACUCACUGGUUAAUGGUCUUUUUUGAGAAAGCCAUUAAUUAACAGCUCUGUUUAUAGAAACCAGAACAGAUAAGGUGUUAUAUUGUAAACCUUGUAAAUAUUUAGAUCCUGGAUAUGUGAAUGUGAACAUCUGAAAGGUAAUAAUUUGGGGCCUGAGUAGCUUAGAUUUAAAUGGCCAAAAAAAAAAAA